AACAAUUCGUGCCGCGUGCGCGUUCGUGAACACUCGGAGAGCGAAACUGCGAAAUAUAUUUUAAAAACAGACCUAGACUAAAAACAAACAGAACCAGAAACAAUCAAAAUAAGCCACGUACAGAGGUGGCAAAGUGGUUAUCCUUUCGAACAGAAACCUACGAACAAAGGCACAAAACAUGUCGCCGGGCGGCCUGCUGAAGAUCCUGGGAUUAUGCCUGGUCAUCAGUCUGGGAAUGCGAUGCGAUGCCAGAGCGGUUAAUGUCAGCAACACCUGGACAAUGCCGCAGGAGGGGCUGAAUGUCUUCUACCGAUUCUUCAGGGAUCGCAUAUCCUGGUUCGAGGCGGACGCCGUCUGCCAGUUCCAUCACGCCAACCUGGUGACAGUCGACAACAGUUUUCAAUUCGAUGCAACGCGCGACCUGCUGAGGGAAUUGGAUGUGAACGACAUCGUUUGGAUUGGUCUCAUGCGACCGCAGAACUCGGAUCGUUUUAUGUGGUCGAACUCACGUCCUCUGGUAGCCGACACAGGAUACUGGGCCGAGUCCCUGCCCCUAAUGGACGCCCCCCUCUGCGCCGUAAUCGAUCCCAUUCGCGAUUAUCGCUGGCACGCCCUACGCUGCGGUGGUCCCGAGACCGCAUCCUUUUUGUGUGAGAUGCCAGUGCCCAGCUGGGCGGACGCCUGCAUUCUCAAGGACAUGCCCAACCUGACCAUGCAGUACAUGGCGGACACGGCCAGCAUCGAGUUGAUUCGCAACUGCCAGGAGGAGGGCUUGCUGAGACACACCUGCAAGGGCAAGGAUGACCGCGAGCGCGCCAUCCGGCAGCUGAUUUGCCCGAAGGAGCGCCUGGAGGCGCAGCGCAUCAACGACAUCACCAACUCGCACUUCAAGUCCCUGCAGAUCAUCAAGAACAUCCGGACGGACAACAACGAGAACAACGACAUCGACCUGCUGCCCAACUACGGAGCCCGGUCCGGCAUGGCCAUCAACAUCGAGGUAGCGCCCCCAGGGGAGCUCAUGCAGGCGGACGCGCCCGGUACGGUGUCCGUGUCGGGACUCUAUCGGAUCCCCGACCAGGUGCCCAAGCCGGUGAAGAAGGCCGCCAAGAAGGUGAUCGCCCCGGACUUUGCCAAGAAGCUGCAGAGCCACCAGCACCACCAGCAGCAGCAACAGCAGCAGCAGAAGUCGCGCAAGUCGCACCACCAGCCGGAGAAGGACCAGCAGCAGGACGAGGAGAUGAUGAUGGGGGAUCAGCCGGCGCUGAGCGAGGAGCAGCUGCCUCCGGGCAUUCCCGAAGACGACAGCAACAGCGAUGCCUCCAACGAGAUAUUCGAGCACUUGCCCCACAAGAAGAAGAUCCUGCCGCAGGACCUGCGCACCAUGUCGCCCAUCGUCGAGGUGGCCACAGCCACAACAACAACAACAACAACUACUACCACUGCUAGGCCGGCGACUCUGACCACCCCGACCCAGGGAACGGCCACCACCGAGGCUGCCCCUUUGAAGGUGACCACACCAAAGGCCCAGGACACCACAAGCUCCCAGGCGCCAGCAACAACAACCAGGCCAACAACAACUACAAGCAGAUCCACAACAACAACAGCAGCAGCCACGACAACAACCACAGCCAAACCUGAGGAAGCGACAACCACUACAGCGAAGCCCGAGGUGAAAACAACACAGAAGCCAGAGGAGCCGAGUACCACCACGAAGCUGGAGCUGGAAACAACUACAGUGAAGCCCACUACAGUGAAGUCAGAGCCGGAGACAACAGAGCAAGAGGCAGCCACCACCAGUACAGUGAAGCCGGAGCCAUCGACAUCUACAACCACCGUCAGGGCAACCACCACUGCUCCAAUUGGAACAACUACUACUAAGGCCGCCAUUACAACGACCACCCACGUUCCCGGCCGAGCCACGCCCACGGACGCCAGCGGCAGUGGCAGUGGAAGCGGCAGCGUCGGACAUCCCAUACAUCCCGCACAGCAGACGCCGCAACAGCAACAGCAGCAGCACGAGCUGCAACAUGCAACACAUGUCAAGGAGUCCGCUGACAAUUCGCACUUUAUUCCGCCAAUGCUGCUGGUGAAGUCGCACUAUGUGCCGCCGUCGAAGCACGAGCAUGGCCAGGAGCACAAGGGCUUGCAUGGAACAACCACAACUACGGCACCAGCCACAACAACAACGCCAGUAGCAGCCACAACAACAAGGCCAGAGCAGGAAACGAAGCCAUCAACAGCAACGUCAACCGGAGGACUGACAGCGGCAGCAUCUGAAAAAGCCACACCACCAGCAGGAGCAGCAGGAGCAGCCGUAGUGACAACAGCAGCAACAUCCAUAGUAGCAUCAGGAACAGCAACAGUAACAACAUCCCCGCUGGCUGAAGAGGCGACAACAGUCAAUAAAGCCACGACAGGCGUGAAAAUAGCUGAAGACACGACAGAAACGCCAGCAACACCUGCAGCACCUGCAACAUUGGUAAUUGCCAGUGAGAAGCCAUCAGCAACAUCAGCAACAGCAGCAGCAACAACCGCAGCUAAUGAAAUCAAAUCGAAUGCAACAACAACUGUGACACCAGCAACAACUCACCAAAUGGCUACCGAGAAGAGGGAUAAGGAGGACGACGGUGAAGGAUCAACCGGAGAAGGACAUAGCCAGGGAGAGACAGCCACCACAAGACACAAUUUCCUGGAGGAAACCGAGGCGCCAUUCAAGCCAAAUCGACGACGCUCGCUAACCAAACCGGAAACGGUUAGCUACUUCAAGAAGAUCCUGGGCUAAAAAGCAGCAGGAAUCCGGGUAUUCGCGAGUCCCUGACUCCGGGAAUCCACAAUAGUAACCGUAAUCGUAAACGUAAUCGUAACACACACACAUUACACCCUAACACCCCCACAACCCCACUUUAUCAAAACACAAAGAAAAAAAAAAGAAUAGAAAAAAGAGCACAAAGAUAAAGAUAAAGAGAUACCGAUAAAGAUAGCGAUACAGAGGCUCCUCCUUGGCACGUAAUUGGUCUUCAAAAAUCAGGAAAAUCAGGAAAAUCGGUGAAAAUGCGAGGCUGCAUGCCGGGGUGCCAGUAAAUUGAAUCAGUUGGUAAAGCAACCGGUCCUCCCUCCAUACCUUGAUCUGGCUUACCUAACCCGGAACCUCCUGAAAUCGCAUUCCAGGCCAUUUCCUCACAAGAUUCCAAGCCCAAACCACCAAACCACCCCAGCCCAUCACAGCCAACCCAUCCAUCCGCCCACCCAUAUCCACAUUCCGACCAAAAGUUUGUGCAACUCCAACCCGCUCGCUGUUGCCGGAAAUCCAAGCUGUUAGUCAACGCCAAGCGGAAACGGAAACGAAAACGAGAACGAGAGCGAGAAGAAAACGCAAAGAAAACUCAACUCAAGUUGGCAGACGGUUCCAGUUGCAAGCACCAAAUAUGUCAAUUUCUCACCGGCAAGGGCCAUGGAGCAUGGGGCACGGGGCAUGGGGCACGGGGCAUGGACAGAAAAAUGAUGAAAAUAAAAACAAGCAAAGCACGCACACACAAAUACACGAAUAGACAAACACUUGAAUGCUCGUCAAGAUGUACUAUUACUAUGUUUAUGCCGGGAGAUGUUCAUGAAUUCUAUAUAGAGAGAUCUUGAAUUUAAACCUUUUCGUCUUAGACUUUAUCAGCAGAAUUUUUAGCUUUUUAAAAUUAAAAUAGUUAUUGGAAUCCUUGGACCUCCUUAGAAACUAGAAACUUUAAAGAGCUUAGAGCUCGAACUUGAAAGAAAGAAAUAUCAGGCCAAGGUUGGUUCUUUUAUAGUUCAACAAAGACCUUGAACCUAUGCUAUAUAAUCCUCUAUUCAAGUCAUGAAAAGUUCAUCAAGUCUCCGGCAUAAACCUAGAAGUAGACUCUUCUGGGGGAAAAAAAAGUAAACCCAUAGAGCCAUAGAGACAUGGCAACGACGAGGAGCCACAAACAAACGUAUGGAGUCUGUCAAAGAGCAGCCAGAGCCCUGGCAGCAGAAAUAAAAAAUAUUAUAUAAACAGAGAAUACCGCCCGGGGGGGAGCCGGGGUGGAGACCCCAAACAGACACCGAGUGUGUGUAUUGCAAAGGCCAAAUCUAAAGUACUAAAUACUAAGAAAAAGUGUUUACAAGCGUAUACAAGGGGCGCUUGUUUUGGAAUUCUGUCUACUUUGCCUAAGAGCCAAAUGUGUGGUUACAUCUGGCCUGGUCUGGUCUGUCCUGAAAAAUGGUGAAACUUUCACACACAAAAAAGUCCAGCAAGUAGAAAGUACCAGCCAGAAUUUAAAGCCCAUUUAGAGAUUUUUGAGAAUCCAGCAACCAAGAGGUUUCAGCUUGUCACUUUCUUUAGAAUUUCCCUCGACUUCAGGCCAAGUAGACGGCAAUCCAAAACAGAAACCGCUAAGCAUAUUACAUAUUACCUAUAAAUUAUGAAGAUAUGACAUAGAUGUUGUUUUUUUUUUUUUUGGUGGGGAUCGGAAA